UGGGUGCCUGGCCUCGGUUGGCGGCGUUUCCUAUCAGUCCACGGCUCGCUCGGGGUCCUCGGGACGAGACAGCGCUCGUGGGCGCGCGGACGGGCGGGCGGCUGGACCGGCUACCCCUGUUGUUCCCCACCCCAUGCGCUGACGCCAGUCGCCGGUGCGGCCGGCGCUCCUUGGCCCGUGGGCAGCGCCCAGGCUGGGAGCGCGCAGGAGGGCGGCGGGCGAGGAGGCCCGGGCCGUUUCGGCCCGGCGGAGCGAGCCUGCUCUGCGAGGACGCGGAGCUCAACCUCAAUGAAGUUACCGGCGGAGCUCUGGGAUUCGCGACAUGCACAUCUUUUAUUUUUGACUUUGAUGUCCAGAAGGUGACCCAAACCAAAAUGCGCCGAAAAGGCACCACUCUUACCUAUGACACGCUCCGGUUUGCUGAGUUUGAGGAUUUUCCUGAGACUUCUGAGCCUGUUUGGAUCCUGGGCAGAAAAUAUAGCAUCUUCACAGAGAAGGAUGAGAUCUUAUCCGAUGUGGCGUCCAGACUGUGGUUUACAUACAGGAGAAACUUCCCAGCCAUUGGGGGAACUGGCCCCACCUCUGACACAGGCUGGGGCUGCAUGCUGCGGUGUGGACAGAUGAUCUUCGCACAGGCUCUGGUGUGCCGGCACUUAGGCCGAGACUGGAGGUGGGCCCAGCGGAAGAGGCAGCCUGACAGCUACUUCAGUGUCCUCAAUGCGUUCCUCGACAGGAAGGACAGCUACUACUCCAUCCACCAGAUAGCGCAAAUGGGAGUUGGCGAAGGAAAGUCCAUCGGCCAGUGGUAUGGCCCGAACACUGUCGCCCAGGUCCUCAAGAAGCUUGCUGUAUUCGAUACGUGGAGCUCCUUGGCUGUUCACAUAGCGAUGGACAAUACUGUAGUGAUGGAGGAGAUCAGGAGGUUGUGCAGGACUGGCUUUCCCUGUGCUGGGGCUGCUGCACUCCCCACUGAUGUUGAGCGACACUGCAAUGGAUUCCCCACUCCAACUGAGGUCACCAACCGGCAGUCACCAUCGCCUUGGAAACCUCUGGUGCUUCUCAUUCCCCUGCGCCUGGGGCUCACGGACAUCAAUGAGGCCUACGUGGAAACACUGAAGCACUGUUUCAUGAUGCCCCAAUCCCUGGGUGUCAUUGGAGGGAAGCCCAACAGUGCCCACUACUUCAUCGGCUAUGUUGGUGAGGAGCUCAUCUACCUGGACCCUCAUACCACACAACUGGCAGUGGAGUUGACAGAUGGCUGUUUCAUCCCUGAUGAGACCUUCCACUGCCAGCACCCGCCCUGCAGGAUGGGCAUCGGGGAACUGGACCCGUCCAUUGCUGUGGGGUUUUUCUGUAAGACUGAGGACGACUUUAACGACUGGUGCCAGCAAGUCAAAAAGUUGUCCCUGCUUGGGGGUGCCCUGCCCAUGUUUGAGCUUGUGGAGCAGCAGCCUUCCCACCUGGCCUGCCCCGAUGUCCUGAACCUGUCCCUUGAGUCUUCUGAUGUGGAGCGAUUGGAAAGAUUCUUUGACUCAGAAGAUGAAGACUUUGAAAUCUUGUCCCUCUGAGGGUCCUGGGGUUGACAGGCGGCUUUCCAUGGCCCUCACUGGGGCGCCUUUGAGAACCUAGCCCUGCCUCGGGCACUCAGUGCCACUGUACCGCAUUCCAUCCACCCAGUCUGCCCCUGCCAAGUGCCGCGCCCAUGCUGUCUGCCUGGAGGCCUGUGCUGCCCAGGGACCAAGGCCUUUGCUCCCCUGGACGCCUUAUGCUUGGAGCCAGCCCACGCAGCCCAGGGUGUGCCUCUGGCCACCCACAGGAAGAGGUGCUUGGCAGGAAGCUCAGUGUGACAGGCCUGGAGCUUACGGAGUUCUCUGCUUGGCACUGCCAGCCUUGCAUACCCACACCGGCUUUGGCCCUGCUCUCCUGGGCACCAGGUCUGUGGUUGGUUUGGAAUUAAAGCCCUGUUUGGAGUUACUCAACACCGACAUGAGUUUCUGGGCCAUUUCCCAGGUCAUUCCCAGAAGAUCUGCAGUUUGGCAUGUGUGGAACAAAAGCCAUGUUGUGGCUUCAUGCUGGGCAGAGUGAGCUCAGCCACAUCCCCUCUGCCCAACAUGGUUACCAAGGGCUACUCUUGGGAGAGCAGGUGGAGAGAGCUCACAGAAUGGGCACAUGGGAAACCAGAGGCGUCGAGUGCCCAGGACCAGGUGUGAGUCCUAGAGCCAGUCCUCAGAGUCCCCACAAGUGCGGCUUCUGUCUCCUUGGGCCGAAGCAUUUGGAGAUCCACUGUCUGCUGCUGCUCGCUGUCAUGCCAGCUCCUGAGUGGCUCUCUACCUGGGACACUGACCAAUGGGAUGGCGCACCCUCCUGCGCAUGUCUUUUCUCAGAAAUGCCGGGCAGCUGAGCCCCCAGCACUUGCAGGUGAAGUAUCCAGACUCUGCUAUGCUCAUUUCAGCAACCACCUUCUCACCCUGGUUUCCAGGCCCUCAGAACUUGCUACUGUGGCCUGUGUGUUCUAGAACAGGAGCUGUCCUCCUGCUAGCAGGUGUAGCAAAGGAUGGGGGACCUGGGGUGGCCACACAGGCACCUUUCUGCAGCCAGGCAGGACUGGAGGAGCCCAAGGUGGGUCUCAGCUGUAGCUGCGCAUGGCAGCACCAGCUGCCCAGAGGCAGCAGAGGACACCCCAGGCCCCAGGUGUUGAAGGUAUAAUUUAUUUCCUUUUUCUUUUCUUUUCCUGCUUCCUCUCCUUACCAUGGCUAUGGGUGGGGCAGGCAGCGGGAAGGGCUGGGACCAUUUCUAUUUCUUUGGGUUCUGCUUUCUGCCUUGUUGCUGGUUCCUGAGGUAAGCAGGCAGUGUCCAAGGAGCUGCCCUCCACAUCUGGAGAAAGCUUACUGAAGAGGAGGUGGUUCAUUCUUAGUAUAGUUCACAGUUCUUAAUGGCAAAUAACAAGUUUCCAUAGAAAACAAA